AUGGGCUCAUUGCCUUCCUGCCCCUCAGAGUUGCUCAACAACAUCUGCACGCCCAAUAAUGACAAUGACCAUCCAAAUUUCCUGUCCACACUGGUUGGCUGCGGCAGUGACCCUGCCAACUGCCAUCCACAUUGCUCGCCUAUAACGUACGGAGCCUACUCCCUGUACUCUCAUGCCUUCGCCCACACCUACCUCAGCUGGACGGUGUACCUGCCGGACAGACUGUGGGAGGCACUCGAAAGACUACAUUAUGAUCUCAAGAAGCACGUUAGUAUCAAGUGUUCAUCCCCUUACUUGUGUUCCACCGCCCUUCCCCUCCUCUACCUACACGGGAUCACGCCGCCGGAGGUGGGACCGCAGCCGACACUCACAUGUCAACAGGUUAUCGCCAAGCUGCAGGACAUUGUUAACGGCAAGCCUAUCGCAUCACUCAUGACCUGCAUGGACGACUUCCUCUACAGGGUCAGGAUGCCCUUCCUCUACACGCUCAUCGCAUUGUGGUCGGUCGCAAUACUCCUCCUAGCAUACACGAUUCUGUACCGCCUGGACAUCCUGUACCUCUGUUCUCAUGCCAUCAGGUCUAAGGCUUCACACCUCAUCGACGUCAAGGCGCUGCUCACUAAUAGCAGGAAAAUGCUCUCACUCUACGACGCCGAUUACUUUGACGAGGACCCUAUUUGUCAACGUGGCGUCUCAUAA